AUGGAUACCUCGCAGGCUGGCGAGCAGACCCUCAAUAGGGUGCAAGUUACUACUAGUACUAGCAGUACUAGUGGUACUGUCAGCUCGACGGCACAGUCGUAUCACAUCACCGGGGACCUGAUUCCGCUGGUCCAGGCAACUAACGAGACUCUCGAGCGAAGCCGGUUGAUUGUUAAUCAAGAGCCGACCGACAAUGACGAGGACUUGAUGGACCCAAUCGGGGAGGGCUACGAUCUCGUUGAUGCGACGGAGGAUUUGAAGAGGACCGUCCGGUCGCAGGAAUUCUACCUUCGCUACGGCGACCAUAUGGGGCGAGUAUGGAAGUGCCUCGAACUUGCUUCCCGUCGUGUCCCCCAAGCCUCGGAGAAGCUGGCGGGGGUGUUGCAGCAUCUCGAGGAGCGCGAGAUCCGGAUCAGCAGUGACGUGGCCAAGGCGGCAAUUAUGGGAUAUGCGAUACGCAAUGAGAUCUGCCAUGGAGGUCCCGGUAAACUCGACGACAAGCGGACUCGCGAUGCAAUCGCGAGCAAUGUCGACGACCUGGAGAAGUUUCUACCCGACGAUCAGAGAGCGGAUCGCGAUCUCUGGGUGCGAAUUGUCAAGUUGUGGAAGAAGUGCGGGAGAUACGUGGAGGAGGUGCGAACGUCGGCUCCGGAGACGACGCCAACCCCGGAUUCAUCUAGUCUACUCGCCGCACCGCCCCGAACCGCCGAGCAGAAGGAGAAGUUCACACGAGCCUUGGAGGAAGGCUCGUUCCAGGGCGAGCUGGAUCAACUGAGCCGAGGAGGAGGGCCCUGCAGACAAGACUCACCUCAUCGCACGCAGUCGACGAGGUCCGACCCAUUUCACGGUGUUCCUAGUAAGCGGAAGACGGACUUGACCCCCGCGCCGUCAUCCCUUCGCCCUUUGAAGCGACAGAAGUGA